AUGGCGCGGUUCUCGGUACUAUUAGUCGGCUCUUUGGCGCAUGGGAAGUUUUCAGGUCCCUGCUGCUUCGAGGAGGCCGAUAUUCGCAUCUUUGCUCACCGGAACAAAGCAGCGUCAAUCCUGUGUGUGCUGCAAUUUGAACUGCAGAUCCACGACAGCCCUCUUUUUGAUGGCAUGACUGUUGCUGCGAUUAUUGGGGGCUUAUCCGUGAAUUUGGUGGCGUACCCGGCGAUGGUUCUGGAGUGUAUGUUUCCUGAUAACGCUGCUCUGGCGGUUACGUAUAGUGAGUAUAUUGAUGCGCUAUAUUUCAUUCCUUUAGCUGUCUGCCUGCAAGGAUUAUGUUCCCUUGUUCCUCCCCUUUUAAUGAAGAUAUGGAGAGGCCUGCCUGACCUAACUUUCGAGUCUUAUUGGCGAUCGCUCAUGAUGUUCGCCGCGAUCCCACUAUGCGUUGUAUAUGUCCUGGCGUUACCGAAGUCUCGAGAUGAAGAGGAACCAAAAGAAAAGACAGAAAAGCGCCCGUUGGUAAAGCAGGUGGAGGAACUCCUGGAAGCCAUGGCUACUCCGGAAUACGUAUGUGUCGUGGUUUUGACCGGAAUAUUGAUGCUCAUGGGCGUAUGGUACCAAUCGGACAUGGCCAGUUUAGUGGGCCCCACUAUCGCAAGGGACAUGGGUUGGUGGAUGUGGACCGACGCAUUCCUGGGUUUGGCCCAAGGAAAGCUCUGCGAUAGCGUGGGAACUCCGAUCAUGAUUCUUCUGCAACUCGUUUGCUACGGACUCAUUUUCUUGGCGUCCUUAUCGGGAGAGCAUGCCGGGCAGUACGGGACUGUGUUCCUGUGGAUCGCCACCAUGUCCUACACGUACGGAAUCAAGUACACGUUUGCGCAGGAAUUUUUGGCGCCACAUCUGCGCGGGACGCUGAUUGGAGUGGCUGGCGUGACGUCCGGAUUGUUCCUGUCGUUACUGAGGGUAAUUAGCCGCACAGGGUCCCCGGAGUACUGGUGCAUUAUUUUCACGAUGGUCUGCGGCUCACUGACUCCUGCCGCCAUGUACCUCUGGUACCGGAAGGUGCAGCUCAAACAGAAGAUCGACUAG